AUGAAAUUAACUUGUCUCGACCUAUACAGUAACACUACGACCGAACAAGAUCUGAUUCAUAUCAGUAGAUUGAAGAAUUUGAAAUACUUGAAUGUUCGUUAUUGUGAUAUGGAUGACAAAAGUGUUAAAUAUAUUGGCAAACUCGAAAAUCUUACACACCUCAAUGUAAAUGAGAAUUACAUUUCUGAUAAAGGUGUUAAAUUCAUAAGUGAGCUCAAACAACUUGUCGAAUUAGAGAUUGAAGAUAACCCAACGAUUAGUCCACAGGGAGUUGAAUUAAUAUGUGGUAUGACUCAACUAACUCAUCUCAAUAUCGGUUGUAAUUAUUUAAAUUUUGAGAAUACCAGAGAAUUAACCAAAUUGAAAAACCUGACAUCCCUCGAUUUAAAUGGAAAUGAAAUCGGUAACGCUACGUAUUUGAGUGAGCUAAGUAAACUCACCUAUUUAAAUAUUGGAUACUCAUGUAUGAACAAUGAGAAUGUAGCCGGAAAGAUUUUUCCUCUGGUCUUUCGAGGAAAGUUUCGCUGA